UUGGAAAGGGGAGGAGGGGCUUCGGUAGACAACUCCCACCUCCCCAUUAUAUUACUGGAAACGAAAUCGGAGCAGGGAGCAGGGGAGGCGGAUGGCCAGGAGAGAACAAAGAGCAGGUUAUGGAGAAGACAGUGUGUCAUCUGUAAUUUCAUUUGGAAAUACAAAGAGACCAUUUAAAUGUGGUGAAUGUGGAAUGUGCUUCAGUCCAUGUGCACAGUUAAUAAACUCACAUCAAUAAACUCACAGAGUGGGGAAACCGUUUAAAGGUAUGGAGUGUGGAAAGAACUUCAGACAAACUUCAUCUCUUACUUUACAUCAUCUAACUCACAUGAGUGAGAAACCCUACAAAUGUAUGCAGUGUGGAUGGAGAUGCAGUAUGAGUAGACAACUUACUGUACAUCAAAGGAUUCACGCAACAGAAAAACCAUUUAAAUGUAUAGAGUGUGGAAAGAGCUUCUGUCAUAGCAUAACGCUAAACAACCAUCAACGGACUCACACAGGGGAGAAACCAUUUAAAUGUAUAGAGUGUGGAAAGAGCUUCUGUCAUAGCAUAACGCUAAGCAAGCAUCUACGGACUCACACAGGGGAGAAACCAUUUAAAUGUAUGGAAUGCGGAAAGAGCUUCACACAUAAUAGAAACCUUAGCAUACAUCUACAGACUCAUACAGGGAAGAAACCAUUUAAAUGUAUGGAAUGUGGAAAGAGCUUUCGUUCAGGUGGUCAUCUGAAUUUACAUCAUAUAACUCACACAGGGGAGAAACCAUUUAAAUGUAUGGACUGCGGAAAGAGCUUCACACGUAAUGGAACCCUUAAAAGACAUGUAUGGACUCACACAGGGGAGAAACCAUUUAAAUGUACGGAGUGUGGAAAAGGCUUCCGUAAGAGUUUAUCACUUAAUAGACAUCAUCAAACUCACUUGGGUGAAAAACCCUACAAAUGUAUGCAGUGUGGAAAGAGCUUCACAUAUAAGACAAACCUUACCAACCAUCAACGGACCCACACAGGGGAGAAACCGUUUAAAUGUAUGGACUGCGGAAAGAGCUUCACACAUAAUAGAAACCUUAGCAACCAUCAGCUGACCCACACAGGGGAGAAACCAUUUAAAUGUAUGGACUGCGGAAAGAGCUUCACACAUAAUGGAAACCUUAGAAAACAUCUACGAACUCACGCUGGGGAGAAACCAUUUAAAUGUAUGGACUGCGGAAAGAGCUUCACACAUAAUGGAAACCUUAGCAAACAUCUACAGACUCAUACAGGUGAGAAACCAUUUAAAUGUAUCAAAUGUGGAAAGAGCUUCACACAUAAUGGAAACCUUACCAUGCAUCUACAGACUCACGCUGGGGAGAAACCAUUUAAAUGUAUGGACUGUGGAAAGAGCUUCACACAUAAUGGAAACCUUAGCAAACAUCUACAGACUCAUACAGGGGAGAAACCAUUUAAAUGUAUGGACUGCGGAAAGAGCUUCACACAUAAUGGAAACCUUAGAAAACAUCUACGGAGUCACACAGGGGAGAAACCAUUUAAAUGUAUGGAGUGUGGAAAAAGCUUCAGUCAGAGUUCUUCACUUAAUAGACAUCAUCGAACGCACACAGGGGAGAAACCAUUUAAAUGUAUGGAGUGUGGAAAGAGCUUCGGUCAAAAGGGAACUCUAAGAGUACAUCAACAGACUUGCACGGGAGAAAAACCAUUUAAAUGUAUGGAGUGUGGAGGGAGCUUCUGUCAUAGCGGAAUGCUAAGUAAUCAUCAAAGGACUCACACAGGGGAGAAACCUUAUACAGCAAAUGUAUGAAGUGUGGAAAGAGCUUCAGUCUAAAGGAAACUAAGAGUACAUUAACAGACUCACACAGGUGAGAAACCAUUUAAAUGUAUGGAGUGUGGAAAGAACUUCUGUCAGAGUGGACACCUUACAAAACAUCAAUGGACUCACAAAGGAAGAAACAUUUAAAUUCCAGGAGUGCAGAAACUGCUUCUGUUUAAUGGAGUGCUUACAAAAUGUUUACAGACUUAUAUGGAAGGAACCAUUUAGAUGUAUGGAGUGUAGAAAGAUUUUUCCUCAACAAGAGGAGGAGGAGGAGGAGUUUGGAUUUGAUAUCCCGCUUUAUCACUACCCGAAGGAGUCUCAAAGCAGCUAACAUUCUCCUUUUCCUUCCUCCCCCACAACAAACACUGUGUGAGGUGAGUGAGGCUGAGAGACUUCAGAGAAGUGUGACUAGCCCAAGGUCACCCAGCAGCUGCGUGUGGAGGAGCGGAGACGCGAACCCAGUUCACCAGAUUACGAACCACCGCUCUUAACCACUAUACCACACUGGCUCUCUCAAGGGUUCAUUUCUUCCUUCUAAUGAACAGGCUCCUAUAGGUGGAAAUCAAAUUUAAAUGCACCCCAUGUAUGUGAUGAUCUGGUGUUUCAAUGUAAAGUUGUACUUUCAUGUAGUAAAGUAAUCAAGGUAGCGUAUCACAA